AUGAGGUUCGAGAACUGGGAUGUCCUGCUCUUCCCUGAAGGGUCAAAGGUACCUGUACAGGAGUUCAAAACGAAUUGCUUCGUCACCAGGGACCACGAAUCUCCGUAUCUCCAAGCCCAAGCCGUUCUGAAUCCCGGGCCGUAUUAUAGUCAGACCGGUGCCCAGGGGAAUCCGGGACAGUUGCCCGUGUUGACAUGUUUUCUACCAAGUUUGCCCCGAGACGCUGCCUUUAGGGUAUCUAUUCACAGCUGGACCAGACCUCGUCCGACUCGAGUCAUGGAAGGCUUGAUGCAGCCGGAAGAUUCGGUGAUGUUUGAAGUUAGGAUAUUCAUCGAUGGUAUAUGUGCUUCGGCAAGCUUGUUCAACCAGCAGACUCCUUGGCCUUAUGUCAUUGAACUUGAUAGGAAUGGAAACCAGGACAAUCUGCGGUUUCCAAUGUUCCAUGAAGAAUUACUUCAUCAGGCACACUGGGAUGCGGGUGACAUGUACGGUCGAAUCCGCGUUGUUAUAGCAGAAGGCUUCACUCGGCCACUCCGCAACCCGCCCUUUGAGCGAGUCAGGGAUCUUAUAGCCUUUUCUUACCAGCACGCUCCCCUCGCUGUCUUGGAGUCUUCGGGUAUAGCAUGGCCAAAUCCAGGGAUGUGGCAGCAACAGCCGGUACCGGCUCUCGACAUUUUCUCAAGCAACCUCUUGGGCCUCACUACAGUGUCGAAAAGGAUGAGGAUGCUCAUUCGCACUCUCCAACCCGCCAUGACAUUCCCCGUGGUUGACCGAGAUGGCCACUGGAUUGCACCACCACCUCAGGUUUCGGAUCCCUUUGUUGACCCUUCAAAGAACCCGUGGCCACCCUGGCCCUUCAAGCGCCGCCACUCAACCCUGGAUGACAUCUCUAUGCCAGACUAUAUUGCAUCAAGCUCUUCGAGCAGCCGUGUGAUUUCUAACACUGCUGGCUUGAGCUUUUCACGAAAUCGAGAACCUGCCCAGCUGGCUCCUAUGGACGAUGAACGGUAUAACCAACUAAUCAAAGCCAUGAGUCCAAGUAAGGCGACGAAAGGCACCAGUCCUCCGAUGAACACGCCAAUGGCGGCUAAAGUAACCACAAAAGCGCCUUUCGUGAGAAAAGAGGUACCAGUCGCACGUGACCAGGAGUCAGUCCAGCGCUCUCAGGGAGCUUUCGCAAACCUGGCGGAAGAUAAGAAGAGUCUACUUAGCCCUAGCCCUAAUGUCAGGGGCCGGAAGGAAGGGAGCCUCAGCGUCUAUGAAGACGACAAAGAAAACAGCAGCGGCAAUGCCUCCCCAGCUCACAGCUCACGAAAGGCAUCCUUGACUAUAGAGGCCGCAGUGAUGUCGGUGGAGAGCAAAAGAAAAAGGUCUGUAAAUUCAAUUCAUUCGCGUGGAGCGGUUGAAGCUGUGUCUCCCUCUUCAUCGAAGAAGAUCUCCCGUCGUAAACGAGAUGAGCAGCUGCAGGCUGAGUUUGAGGAUUUCCUGUCAGCAGCAGCAAAAACAGAUGCUCUGCUCUCUGAAGUUGAGCUGGAAUAG